UUCCGCAUCUGCUCGCAUUGAAUCGCAGUCGAUAUCGAGCUUUACAGAAAACAGUUACAAAUACGAGUUUACUAAUAAACUGAACAUAUUUUCGAAAUGCAGAAAAUAUUUAUUUCCAAGCGGACAAUUUUACCUGAUGGUAUAAAACCAUCGGCAAUAGUAGUUACGAACGGCAAAAUAAAAGAAAUAAUUUCCCUCGAUAGUGUUGAAAAAAUAUUCGAAGAACUAAAAAAAUAUGAAGGAGUUACGAUUGAAGAUUUCGGAAAUCUGGUUCUAAUGCCGGGCAUAGUCGAUUCUCAUGUGCACGUAAGUGAACCUGGUCGAACGGAAUGGGAAGGUUAUUGGACUGCAACACAGGCUGCUGCUGCCGGUGGUGUCACAACUAUUGUAGAUAUGCCAUUGAACGCAAGUCCUCCUACUACUACGGUUGAAAAUCUGAAAUUAAAAGUUCGUGAAGCGCAAAAGAAAUCAUUUGUAGAUGUUGCAUUUUGGGGUGGUAUAGUUCCAGAUAAUCAGAAUCAUUUGAAGGCUCUAGUAAACGCUGGAGUUGUUGGUUUCAAAAGUUUUUUGCACCCAAGUGGAACCGAUGAUUUUAAACAUGUUAGCAAUGAUGAUGUUACAAAAGCUGUGACUGCACUUGAAGGCUGCAAUGUUGUUUUGGCCUUUCAUGCAGAGCGGGAGUGCAAAGCUGUAUUAGAAAAUAACGAAGAAGAUCCUUACGAGUAUGCCACAUACUUGAAAACAAGACCAGCACACAUGGAAGUUGAUGCCAUAAGUUUUGUGAAGGACAUUUGUUCGAUUUACAAAUGCCGUUGCCACAUUGUGCAUCUUUCGGCAAAAGAGGGUCUUAAUCUCGUAAGAGAAGCUAAAAAUCAAGGAUUACCUUUGACCGUCGAAACAUGUUUCCACUACCUUUCUCUGACUGCCGAACAGAUUCCUCGUGGUGCUGUAGAAUACAAAUGUUGUCCACCCAUUAGAGAUGCUCAUAAUAAAGAAAAACUAUGGGAUGCUUUGAAAGAUGAAACUUUAGAUAUGGUGGUUUCAGAUCACUCGCCUUGCACCGCUGAUUUAAAAGGCGACGGAAACUUUUUACAAGCCUGGGGUGGAGUUUCCUCACUUCAGUUUGGUCUUUCUGUAUUAUGGACCGAGGCCCGUACGAGAAAUUUCAGUUUCCAGGAUAUCGCUCGAGUACUUUGUUCUAGUCCAGCUAAAAUGUGUGGAUUGGAUAAUGUCAAAGGAUGUUUGAAAGUCGGUGUCGACGCCGAUUUCGUUGUUUGGAAUCCCGAAGAAACGAUUGAGAUUAAAAAAUCUGGUAUUUUCUUUAAAAAUAAGAUGAGUCCGUACUUGAAUAAGGAGUUUUAUGGAAAAGUGUACACCACAAUCGUUCGAGGCAAUGUCGUCUAUCAGGAUGGAAAAUUCAGCAAUAAACCACUUGGAAAGCUGUUAUUACCCGAAGAAUUUUUAUCGACAAUUUAAUUUUACAUUACGUGGAAAAAAUGUUGAGAAAAGAUAUCAAUUUGAAUAUUUAUUUGAGCCAUGUGCCGUAAAUCAAGAUUUUUAAUAAUCUGAAAAAUUCAAGCAAAAACAUGGGAACUUUCGAAAUGAGUUAACGAA